UCGGAAGUUGAGUCGGAACCAAACAAAGCUUGCCUGGAUAGAACACCGACUGAAAAGCCCUCGCCACAACUCCUCCAUCUUGCUACAGCAGCAUGACCUCCUCUUACUUUACAGCCCGUCCCGCGGUAUCGUCCGACGCCGCAUCCAUCGCCCACGUCCACCACACGUCGUGGCAAGAAUCCUACGCGCACCAUCCAGAGCUCCUCGCAAGCCGCACCCUCGCGCAGCGGCAGGCACAAUGGUCCCAGUCGCUUACACACGGCUUCCCGCAGCCUGGCACUAUAUGCUUCGUCGCCGACUCGCCUUCCGGCAUCAUCGGGUUUAUCCUGCACGGCCCAAACCAGCACGCGACGGAGGUCUACUCCCUCUACGUCCUCGACGCACACCACGGCACUGGUGCAGCGCAGGCACUUAUGCGCACCAUCGAGACUGAGGGACCGCGCACUGUGUGGCUGCUCGAGGACAAUCUGCGGGCAAUGGCGUUCUAUCAGAAGAUGGGGUACGAGCUGGUAGAGGGGCGCGAUGGCAGCCAGGUGGAUCCGCGCAACGGACUGGUAGUGGUGAAAAUGGUGUCGUUGUAAUGCCUCCAUGGCAGUUUCUCUGCGUCGCCGAUGGCACUACUGUUCGACUCGAUCGGGCCCGCCUCUGCACGGUGUUCCCCUCGACAACUUUCAUUCGACUACAUCAUCCCUAUAACCGUUUGAAUUUCUAAUGAAGUUGGCAGAGCCAGCGGCACCUAUGAUGAUUUAGCAGCACUUGAUCGUUGCCGCUGAAUCGAGACAAUUUCCACAUAUUCCUUGGAAGUGGC